AUUUAGAUCAGCCUUGCUGUAUCCACGGCAACAGAAGCAGGAAUGUUACUGACCCUCAGAACACUGAGGGUCCCAAGAUGUGGCCUGGGCUGUGAUUUACCCUGAGUGAAACAGCUUGAGCCCCCUUUCUGGAUACCAAGACAACCCUGCUGAGAGAGCCCAGGUGCAGCCCAGCAGGUCAGCUGAUGGAGUCACACAGGGCCCAUGGAGUACCAGAUUGGCUGACCCCAUAGGGUUGAAAGCAGUCCCUGCCCCUCAGUAUGGCCAACACUACUGGAGAGCCCGAGGAGGUGAGCGGCGCACUAUCCCCACCGUCAGCAUCAGCUUAUGUGAAGCUGGUGCUUCUGGGAUUGAUCAUGUGUGUGAGCCUGGCAGGCAAUGCCAUCUUGUCCCUGCUAGUGCUCAAGGAGCGUGCCCUGCACAAGGCUCCUUACUACUUUCUGCUGGACCUGUGCCUGGCCGAUGGCAUACGCUCUGCCGUCUGCUUCCCCUUUGUGCUGGCUUCUGUGCGCCACGGCUCCUCAUGGACCUUCAGUGCACUCAGCUGCAAGAUUGUGGCUUUUAUGGCCGUGCUCUUUUGCUUCCAUGCGGCCUUCAUGCUCUUCUGCAUCAGCGUCACCCGCUACAUGGCCAUCGCCCACCACCGCUUCUAUGCCAAGCGCAUGACACUCUGGACAUGUGCAGCUGUCAUCUGCAUGGCCUGGACCCUGUCUGUGGCCAUGGCUUUCCCACCCGUCUUCGAUGUGGGCACCUACAAGUUUAUCCGUGAGGAGGACCAGUGCAUCUUUGAGCAUCGCUACUUCAAGGCCAAUGACACACUGGGCUUCAUGCUUAUGUUGGCUGUGCUCAUGGCAGCCACACAUGCUGUCUAUGGCAAGCUGCUCCUCUUUGAGUAUCGUCAUCGAAAGAUGAAGCCAGUGCAGAUGGUACCAGCCAUCAGCCAGAACUGGACAUUCCAUGGCCCUGGGGCCACUGGCCAGGCUGCUGCCAACUGGAUCGCCGGCUUUGGCCGUGGGCCCAUGCCGCCAACCCUGCUGGGUAUCCGGCAGAAUGGGCAUGCAGCCAGCCGACGGCUGCUGGGCAUGGACGAGGUCAAAGGUGAAAAGCAGCUGGGCCGCAUGUUCUACGCGAUCACACUGCUCUUCCUGCUCCUCUGGUCACCCUACAUUGUGGCCUGCUACUGGCGAGUGUUUGUGAAAGCCUGCGCCGUGCCCCACCGCUACCUGGCCACUGCUGUUUGGAUGAGCUUCGCCCAGGCUGCUGUCAACCCAAUCGUCUGCUUCCUGCUCAACAAGGACCUCAAGAAGUGCCUGAGGACUCAUGCCCCCUGCUGGGGCACAGGAGGUGCCCCGGCUCCCAGAGAACCCUACUGUGUCAUGUGAAGCAGGCUGGUAGGCAAGCAGAGAGGUCAUGGCCAUCAUAAUUAACAGCAAGGGAGGGCUAAGGCCCCAUAUAGGAGCCUUGCUUUCUGAGCUCUAGCCCCAACUCCUCAUAAUUUAGGCACCUUUGUCAACACCUCCCCAGGGUUGGGGGUGGGGGGGCGGUGCUGGGAAAGAGGUGUUUCUAGUUUUGUGGGGUCUGUCUCUGCUGCCUCCUUCUUCACUUCUUCUCUCUCUUUCUUUCUCUUUCUCUC